AUGUUUAAGAAAAUCAACGCCGUUUUUCGGCCGAACCAUCCUGCGCCUCGCUCUCGGGACAGGUUCAGGUCCACUGAGGACUAUCACAGCGCGUGCACUGUGAAGUUGGUCCGGAGCACGUCGAUGCUCGUGGUCGGGGAGAGCAGUCGCGCGCUGCGGGACUCGACGCUGAAGCGGAGCGUGAGCGCCGUGAGUGUGGAGUCCAGCACCGCCCUCUACUAUUACCAGAGCCGAGAGGACCGAGUGUGGCUCUACUCCCAGAACCAGGACUGUCUAGAAUACUUACAGGAGCUGGUGGCGCUCAGGCGUCAGUACACCAAGAGCAUUAAUGACCUCAAGGACGGGGAGCGUAAAGAAACCGCGUCCCGCAAGAAGAAUGCAGCGCCGCGGCCACCGCAGAGCAGCGCACCACAGACUUCACGGCCUGUACCUUCUGCUCCACCAAUGCCAAAUGAAGAAGACACGCUCCAGUUCUUUGAUGAAGUGAUCGCAAGCUGUGACCCGGAGCCCAGCAGAAAACCACAUGUGGACAACGGCCAUGCAGACGUCGACUUUAUAGUGGCAACCAGUACCAGUGAGCAUGAUCUUCACUCCAACUGGGUGCUUCGGGACCCUCGUCGAAUCUCCAUGUUGGAGUCGCAGCCCAAGAAAAUAAAUAUCAGUCACGGGAAGGCAGCCCAGCGGAAAGGGGACAUGGGAAGCACAGGCAGCAGGAGAUGCCUGCAACGAAACCCUAUCCACCUGCCCAAAGUAGUGGAAAGUGCCUUUCAGACACUACGCUUUAAACCCAAGCUCAAGAAGAAAGACUAGCUGCUCAAAGAAACACUGUUUGUGCCUAGAGGACAUAAACAAUCACAGUGUGAUCAAGGAGACGGAGUUGCUAGAAGUAUUGAGAAAUAGCCUGAAUGAAUCCCUGGUGGAUGUGAGCUCUGUGAAUACUGUCAGCGCUUACUCACGUCCUGAGCUUCAUAAAUUAUCCACAGCAGAUCACAAUCUCUCUUUCAGUAGCUCUUGAUAGCAAAUGCUUAAAGCCAUUACCAGAGCAUAACCACUCUGCUGGAUGUGGAGCGAUCAUCCUGCGCACUGAUUCCACACAAACGUUUAUAUUUUUAUCUCGUUUGCAGAUAGGACAGAUAUUUGACAGGAAAGCUGGGGUAGAGAGUGGGAAGUAGGAUCAGUGUGAGGCAGGUAUUGAACUC